CCUGCCUGCACUUUAAAUAAUGCAGGCAGUGGAACUCUAAGUAAAUCCUCAUCAAUCGAACAGAAGACAACACAGCAGAGUGACAAGGACCCCAGGGAUGUGUCGGCGAAUGGUUUCAAUCGCUUUGAUCCGAAGUACAUUAGUAUCGGACCAAAGGCAAUUCGUGGAUCGACAGGAAUGAGUGCAGCCGCAGCCGCAGCCAGCAAGUGUGCUACCCUCCGUCAAGGUGGACGCUAUGGGGGUAGCCUAGGUGGUGGUGGUCAAGCUAAGGCUGGCACAAGUCCCUGUUUGAAUUUUAAGACAGCUCAACCACCUACUGUGGCAACCGUUUCGAAAGACUACACAAAUUCCUACUCAACAUCUACAUUGUCCUACAGUACCACAACGGGUGCACCAAAGAAAAAUAACGUACCCACCGGCGGAAGUGGUGGCUCGAGUGGAGAGCGAAAGGAGGAAGGAAAGCAGCAGCAGGCUGUGUACAGCAUUGAUACGUCGUAUCGGCAGCAACAGAGCGUAAAAUCUCAAGAAUCAACAGCAACAAAGGGUAUUUCAAUUCUCAAUCAACCACUGCCAGAAAUUCCGCAUUCGGCAAUGAAGGCAACGGACACAGCAGCACCGAAGAAUACGCAGCAACCACUCUGUGCGGCCAAUUUGAAUCAGUAUCGCUCCCUUCAGCGCCCCGGGGGGAUGCAUCAGAAAUCAUCCACUUUUGCCAAUCAACCACCACCGCAGCAAACUGUUCCCCUUAAGAGCUCAAUGAAGCAACCUCAGGCACCUGCGCCACCACCGAAGGUGGUACCACCGCAACUACCGCCAAAGAAUCGUCACAAGGAUCCCGAGGGCAAGAGCCACCAGAAGCAAUCGGCGCAAUCGAGCAAAGGGCAAAAUUUCAAUACACUCCAGUACCCGAGUAAACAUCAUCAGGGUAGUACCCAUACGACUUUCGGGUAUGACAAUAAAUCCCGAGAUUUCGGUGGUGGUAGCUAUCAUCAUGGGUAUCAGCAAAGUGGUGCACCACAGGCGACGGGUACAUACGAUAAGAAGUAUUCGAUGUCACAACAGCAGUAUGAGAGCUCACGCAUGACCUCUUUCCACGGGGGCGAUUCAUCGUACGGCUAUCCGAUGAAGGCGUCCAAGUCGCAUCAGCAGCAACAGGGCUACCAGACGAUGCCGCAUCAGCCAAAGCACCAGCAAUAUCAACAGAGUAGUGGUAAAUCCCACAGUCAUCAUCAAUCCACGCAGCAACAGUCGAGCAAACAAGGUGGCAGCAGACGCGAUGAUCCCCCGGUGUACUAUCGCUCCCUCCAGCGUGGUGGGGCAAAUACAGCUGGUGGUGCCCACAAUGAUCUCUACUCUGUUACGGAACUUUGAAGGUAGCUAAAAUACAGCAAUGCGUUCUAGAGGCAGAGGCCGCGCAUUGCUCAGCACAGUGAUAACGACGUACUGUGCAAACCACCAAAUGCAAAAUGGGACAACGUGCACGGGGUGGUCCAGCAUUAUGGGUAAGGUAGAGUGCCAUACAUUUCCAUUUUAUUAUUUAUUAAUCAACAUCGCUACUCAUCUUGUAAAUCUGUUUACCCCCAACGCUGUGAUGCACACCGUGCAAAUUGAAGAAUUCACUCAUGCUUGAUUAAUGUAAAACACUUUAACCUCUUGCUAUAUACAUUUUUCAUACAGAGAUUGUUUGUAGCUAUAUAUAUAUAUUUCUGUGUGUAAUUUGUUCGUCAAAAAUGUGUGCAGAUCCAUUGCACAUGCACAUAAGUUACAAAUUUUGCUGCUUUCACUGUACUCAAGGGACAACGAAUACUCCAAAGUGGUGUACAUUAAUCUUUUAUGCUCUUCUUCUAUUCCCUAUAUCUCUCUCUAAAGUAGGUUUUUGGGCUUUUCCAUGGCAUUUAUUCAAUUACUUUGCCCAAAAAAAGAAAUCUUCUUGCCAAAAAGAUCAAGUAAUUGAUAAUCGUUUCACCAUGAUUGUACCUUGUUGGUUGCAAAGAAUAAAAAAGCAAAUUGAACUUAUUUUAUAAUUUAUAAAUUACAACGAAAGACAUCUUUUCUAAAUAAAUUAUUGAAUUACAUGUGGGUGCACUAUAUCAUUUAAUUAGCAUGAGUGAAUAUUUUCAAAAAUAAAAGAAAUAAAAACUUAAUAAAGGACAUUUUGAAAUUGAAAUGGAAGGAAAUUAUCGUAGAGUUUAGAAAUCAUAGAAAUGAAGUUCUGAAGGAAAUUUAUUGGUAAUUCCUCUCAGCAGUGUAAAUAGUGAUGUUUUUUUGGAGGGAAAAUGAGCGAAAGAGGGAUAUAAUAUGAGAAAUAAAAAUCAUAUUUUUGGGUCAAUUUCGGCAAAAUUAGCUACCUACAUAUAAAUUAUAUUAAGGUGUGUUGCUUUUUUUUUAAUAAAAUUCUUCCGUUCAAAUUUGAUUUCAUAAAUCUGGAGAACGUUCAGGAACUACACAAAAAUAUUUGAUAUAAAUUUUAACAAAAUUCAACAUUAUUCCAGAAAAUAAUUUCCAUGAUUUUUAAAGAUGUAGAAAAAGCAUUUUUUCCGUUCAAGGAGAGUUAUCCGUAAAAAGACAUUUUAUAUACCAUUUGUAGUUUUCUGUUCGAUUGUUUGAUGUUUUACUUGAGAGUGUUAAUCAACAUUUUUUUUGUUGAUAACAAAACAAUUUUCUAAAGAGUUUUUUUUUAUAUAAAUAGAAAAUUUUGAUCUUCUGUAAAGAUUGCCCUAUCUCUAUUUUAUAAGUUUAUAUAGGAAUAAUUUGUAUUAUUCAGGGACUAAGAGGAUUGUAUGGAUGAAAAAUUUUACUUGUAAAACAGUAUAUAUAUAGUAAUAUAAAAUUUAUAAAAUAGCAAAUUGAAGUAAUAGUUGAAUUGAGUAAAAUCGUUGUGUGAUGAUCAAAAAAAAAUUGUAGAAUGAAUGUUAAACGAAACAUUUUACUUGAAUUCCAUAUUAUGAAGGAAAAAAAGGAGUUUCUUAAUGCAUUUUGAUGAUACACUAAAAAAUUGAAGAUAAAUUAGAAUAAAAAUAAAAUAAAAAUAGUCUGAAUUAGUGUUACAUGAAAAUGAGAAAAAAAUAAUAAACUUUAAAUGAUAAAAUAUUAAAAAAGAAAAUCAUUAAAAAAAACAGUUCAUAUAAACUACCUAAUGUAACUAUAGAUAAUAAAGAAUUAAGAGGGAUUUGAAUUUUUUGACAUAUUCUCAUCUUAAUGUUAUAAAUAUUUUUUUUUUAUUUUACAAAAGAGAAAAAAAGAGGACGGUCAAUUUUUUAUAACAACAUAUACCUAUAUUCAGAUCAAAAUUUAGUAAUUGACAGUGAGGAAAAAUAUUCAUGAGAUAAUCAAUAUGAGAUAAAGGUGCCAUUUUUCUUUUUGGUUAUAUAGGUACAUAUUUACAUUUUUUUUAAAUUUUCAAUUUAUUUUAAAGAAGAAUUUAUUGUGUUUUUUUAUACUUUUGAGUUUAGUUUUUGUGUGUAGUAAUUCAAAAUAUUCUAUAUGGUCCAUUUUUUGAUAAAAAAGGGAAAGAGAGAUUAAAAUAAUAUACACCGAAUGAAAUCGCAACACUUUUUAAAUGUGGGAACAUCCUUUUUGUAUUUUAUAAACAUAUAAAAAUAAUUUAUUCUGCAAGAAAAGAAAACUGAUAAAUUUAUAAGUAAUAUUAUGUAACUUACAAAAUAUUGUACUUUUACAUUAUAAUUAUUUUAUUAUCUUUAUAGUAAGAAUUAGCACAAAACUGUAUAGAGCAAACUGUUACCGUCUCGAUAAAUUGCCGAAUGCACAGAAAUUUAAAAAAAAAGCGUUUUUCACAACACACAAAAUACUAAUUUGUGCACCAAAACUUUUAAAUACGCCAAAGAAAAUCAAAUUAAGGAAAAAAAUAAACAUUUUUGGGGAGAUUUUCAGAAGAAGAUUUUUUUAUAGCCGUCAAAAAAUGAUUUAUGCUUUAGCAAUAUAUAUAUUGUAGAAUUUAAGGGGCAAAAAAAGUUAAAUUUACUGACUCAAUUAUUUAUAAAAAUCAAUGGACUGCAAUUUUUAUAUUUGUUUUUUAAAUUACAUUUAGAAAACUCGAGGACUUAUUGCGAUUAGAGAUUGUUUUACAUUUUUUUUAAUAUCUUCAAGAGAUAAAUCUUUAUUAUCUACAAUUUUCUUCCCUUUUUCCUUUUUUGUGAUUAGAAUCUUCAAAAAAUAUAAUUAAAAUUCCAUUUCUGAAUUAAAAAUGUGUUCAAUGGCUCAGAAAUUAAAAUCUUCCUCCAAUGUUCGUUGUUUAUGAUACUUUUAAAACCACCUCUAAUCGCAAUUUGUUUGAGGAUAAAAUUAAAAGAAGGAGAAAAGAGAAAAACAAAUUUUAAUGAAGAACAAGGGUGUGGAGAAAAUACAACCAACCGCAAAAUCGAGCUCAAUUAUUUCGAACAACAUAUUUUGAAAGAAAUGUUGAAGUCAAAAUGAAGCAAAAAAAUGAGAAUAUUUUGAAAGACUUAGAAAAACUAGAAGAAACAUUAACGAGAAAAUAUUGUUAUGUAAUGUAAUAAAGACAUGUUGUGUAGUCCUUAAGAAUAAAUAAUUCUAAUCAACACUUUUUCUCAUAAAAUGUUCAUUUUGACUGCCCACAACGUAAAUUCGAGCAAAAAAACGUACAUAAAUAAACGUAAUAAAACCUUUUUCUCCCUCUUGACGAAUCAAAUACCAGUAUAAAGCAUAAAAAUUGCAUUAAAUAGGACAAAAACAGUAAUUAGAAUGAUUUUCUCUUGACUAUGCAUUUACUAAAAUUAAAAAAAAAGAUCAAGAAUGAAAUUCUGAUGAAAAAAAAAUAAGCAAGAACGUAAAAAGUCAGUAAAAUUCAGUAUUACUGGCUCUAAGAAAAAAUGUAUUCAAAUAAAAAUUGAAUAGUGUUAAAAAUUAGCAGUAAAAAAGUGAGAAAAAAAUCAUAUGAAAUUGAUAAAAAAAAAUGAUUAUACAUACAAUAAAAUAUGAAAAAAAGUGUUAGUAAUCUAAAAUAAUGGAUAUUUUUAACUGAAGUUUGUCUGUAAACCACGAAAUUUGAAGAAAAGAAAAAUAAAUGCAGUCAUUAUUCACUA